CCUCAUUCCGAUUAAGCACAUUAUAGUAAAGGUUUAAUACUGAUAAAUAAAUAGGCUCCCUAUUAAGAAUUUUAGAUCGUUAUUAAGAAUCUUUAGAAUCUUUAAAUAAGGCAAUCCAAAUUAACCCAAAUAGUGAUAUCGCUUUAACUAAUAAAGGUAUUUAAAAAUCAAAUUUAAGGGAUUACCUUAACUUAGCUAAAUUAAUAUGUUUCAGCAAUUUAAACCUUUGAUUAAGCCUUAAAAAUCAAUUCUAAAAGUGAAAAAGUAUUUUUAAAUAAAGGUUGAUUUUGAACUAUUUUUAGGAUUGGCAUUAUUUUAACUCUUCCGUAAUGACGAAGCAGCUGAAUAAUUUAACAAAGCCCUUCUGCUAAAUCCAAAUUAUAAGAAAGCAUAUUACAACAAAGGUUAACCUGAUUUCAAUAUUAGGAAUUCUAUUAAAUAGGUUAUCUAGAUUUGAAGAAGCCAUAGAAUGCUUUAAUAAAGCCAUUUCAAUUGAUUCUAAAUAUGCUAAGGCUUAUUUUAAUAAAGGUAACUUUGAUCUAUAUAUUCAAUAUUAGGCAUUUCAUUAUCAUCUUAACAAUUGCAUCAGCAAGCAAUAACUCUAUUCGACAAAGCAUUGGAAAUAUCACCAAAAAAUAUCAAUUUUCAAAAAUAAAAAGGUUUCUAUUACUUUUGAUAACCUUAGUUCUUUCUUUAUUUUAAGUGAAUAGAUU